ACGCAGCGUCACAUAUGUCGUGUGAUUGUUUAACGCAAUGUUUUCAUUAGCGAACAGUGUACAGCUGACAGUUUGGUUCAGGUUAGCGUAGCUCGGUCGCUGCCCAUCCCAGACGAGCUGCAUCAAGCCGCUUAGCCCAGCUCCGCACACCGGUGUCCGGCUAGGACCAGGCUCAGAUGUGGGUGACUUUAUAGUGAGUGGUCAGAGGAGACCGGAUGGCGGACACUCCUGUACGGAUGCAGCUGGGAAACAUGAGGAGUGAGCUGCGGACUUUCUCCUUCAUAACCAGCAAGAUACAUAAUUAUCAUGAGUGCCUUCUCUAGCGUUACAAUGGAGCCAUCGGGAAGUACUACAAUAUCAUCAAGCAACCACACCCUGAACUCAACAGGUGGCGGCUGCCCAUGGGAGGUCAGCGACAAGACCAGACUGUGCCGCUUCCUCUGCUAUGGCUCUGAAGGAGAUUUAUACACUGCCAGAGAGGAGGGUCACGUCAGCAUGGAGAGCGCCGGAGCUCUGCUCUCCCUGCUGCAGGAGGGUCGAGGUACUGAAGUGGUGGAGGAGAUCAAAAGGUUCACACAGGAUGGGCGAGCUGUCAGACUAGACCCUGCCUUUUUUGCUUUAGCUAUGUGCUCCCAGCACUCAGAGCUGAAGACCAGACAGGCAGCUUUUAAAGCUUUGAAGGAAGUUUGCCGGGACCCUGCACACCUGUUUUCUUUCAUCCAGACCAAGAAGGAAUUAAAAGAGGGGAUGAAGUGCGGGAUUUGGGGACGCGCCCUGAGGAAAGCAGUGUCUGACUGGUACAAUGAGCAAGAUGCCAUGAGUCUGGCUGCGGCUGUGACCAAAUGUAAACAGAGAGAGGGAUGGUCGCACCAGGAUCUGCUCAGGCUCUCUCACACCAAACCAGCCAAUGAAGCAAUUGCCUUGAUCAGCAAAUAUGUAACAAAAGGAUGGAAAGACGUCCAGGCUGCUUACUCAGACAAAGAGAACUCAGAAGAGGUUGUCAAAGUGCUUUCGUAUCUCGAGGUGGUGGAGAAGGUCAAGCACAGUUGUGAUGAAACAGAGGUCAUCAAUUUAAUAGAGGAACACAAACUGGAGAGGGAACAGCUACUGACAGACCACCUGAAGUCCAAACAGGUAUGGAGAGCUUUGUUGAAGGAAAUGCCUCUCCAAUCAUUGCUAAGGAUCUUGGGUAAAAUGACGUCAAACAAAAUUCUUGAAUCGGGGAGUUCGGAAACAAAAGCUGUCUGUGACAGAAUCCAGAGUGAGACGACACUAAAGAAAGCAAAGAUUCACCCUUUCAGCCUACUCCUGUCUUCUGAAAACUACAAACGGGGCCAAGGCUAUCAGGGUAAAACAAAAUGGGAACCAGACAGCAGCAUCCUCAAGGCAAUGGACUCUGCCUUUUACAAGAGUUUUAUGCAUGUGGAGCCCGUGGGUAAACGCUUCCUAGUGGCAGUAGAUGUGAGCACAUCACUGAGCAGCAUUGUCCCGGGGACGUCAGUCAGCACUGCUGUUGCUGCUGCAGCUAUUACCAUGAUUUUUGCAAGGACAGAGGCAGACACGCAUGUGUUGGCCUACUCUGAAGGAGCUUUGGUUCCGUGCUCCGUCUCUGCUGACAUGACUCUCGCGCAAGCAACGGUUGAACUUGUUAAGAUCCCAGGUGGGAGCACAGACUGCACACUUCCCAUCACAUGGGCCACAGAGAAUGGGAAAGCAGUGGACGUGUUCAUCAUUUUGACCAACAACCCGUUAUGGACGUUUACUGCCAGCCCAGUGGAGUCUCUAAAGAAGCAUAGACAAAUAUCAGGAGCCAAUUCCAAGUUGGUGAUGUGUGGACUGACUUCCAUUGGGCAUGCCAUUGCAGACACAGAAGACAGGGGUUUACUGAGCAUUUGUGGCUUUGACCUCGGAGCUCUGAGCGUCAUUCGUAACCUUGCUCAGGAUCGGAUCUGAUAAAGUAUUGGGGACUGUUUUUGAAUCAUGUGGUUUAGAGUUCAAAAAGAAGGCACAAAGUGGACCAGCAUGGCUCACUUCGUACGUAAAGUGCCCUAAAACAGCACUAAUCCAAAAGAUGCUGACAUUUACAAUUCCAAUUUCUCCUUUUUUGUAUCAUGUCACUUACAGAUCAGUUGACAAAAUGUCCAGCGGGCUGGACAGCACUCGAAAUGUUAUGUGCAUAUUUUUUUUUUCUGAAGGGUGAAAAGGAAGCGAUAAGACAUGAUAUGUGAUUACAUAUCACGCUGUCAAGAAUUUAAAGGCAAGCAGCACUCUGUAUGAAGGGCUGUUUACAGCUUUGAUGGUUCAUGGUUAGACACUAACCCAUUCAACAAUAAAUUCCACUAAUUUAAAGCAAGAUGCUGGCAAAGUAAUAAAGUUACUGAGGAACGGUGAAAUAGUCAGAAUGUUAGAUGCUUAGUGCAACUGUAUGUUUAUUUUAUGGGGUUUUAUUAUAGUUUAUAGUAUGUAUCUGGAUUGAUUUUAGCAGGUUUGAUGUGAUGGUAGCAGCAGUUUAAAUUUGAGAGCCUCUCCUUCUGUUUUCUGUAGCAUGAUUAUACAUUUUUAACAGGUAGACGUAAGAGAUGAAUUAAAACAAAGCACCAAAAGCUGAAAAAUUGCAAUGUAUUCUGUUGACUUUUCAAAUUCUUUGAUUUAUUUGGUCAGACAUGAUUUUGUUUAAUACUAAUAUCAAUAUCUAGAAUUCCAUUCCAACUCUUGCCUUUAGCCUAGCUACUUUUUUUAGUUGUUGUAUUAACAUGUGGUUUUCCUACAAAGCUAGAGCUUUUGAAACUUUAAGUGUCUGUUCUACGCUUGUUGAAUUUAUGCUAUAAAAGAAAAUACCCUUGGUGCUCUUAAACGUGCUGAUCCAUUUUGGUGGAAUAUUUAGGAUUUUCCUUUGUGAAAUAAUAAUGCCAAUGAGUGGGGACUGUAAGUCAGUUUACUGUAAGUUAGAGAAAUGAAGUUCCCAUUUUUUUUAGUCUGAUUACAAUUUGGAUUUUACUGUGUUAUUAUAUGUAGGAAGGACAAAUCUAUUUACAGUUGUUUACCAAGACUGAAUAUGCUAAAACAUGUUUCCGUAUUUUUUAAGUACGAAUGUUUGUUAUGCAAAAACUAACAGAUUAUUGCUACCUUCCUGGAAUAAAAUAAAUUGAAUGUACUUUUGUAAAGCAUGUAACAGUAGAUAUUUAAAGUACACUGCUUUAUAUUCCCUCAAACGCAGGUUAAACACACACUCCUUACUUUUAGCAUUAAUGACCAAUUCUUUUUGGUAAAAUAGAAAUGCUGUUUAAGUCAACGGCGAUUGGUGUAACUACUGACAGCAUUAACUAAAAUUGUCACUCAUUCAUUCUAUUCAAUGAAUCUGAAGAAAAAUACAAUAUCUGACCAUGUUACUGUGAAGGAUCAUGUGCCCACACAUGCCGAUGCUGUCAAUUUCAGUGUUAAGACAAGGUCAAAACUCUAUAAGCUAAAGUAUUUGUAUAGUAUGACUGUUGAUGCGAUGUUUGUACUUGAAAGUCUGACAUGAGAAAUAAUUAUUAUGAGGUAUGGUAGUUCACAAGUGUUUUGCCACCAUGAUUAACUUCUUUCCCAUCAUAUUGUGUGUUGUAUCCAUUUCGCUUAACAUGACUGUAGUGGCAAUGAAGAACCUAAUAAACACUUUGCUGCUCGUGA